AGCCAGCUUCUUCCUUUCACUCCACAAGCAUCUUCACCUGCUCAGCCGCAAAGAUGCCCUUCACUAUCAAGGUGCACAAUCGCAACCUCCCGUCUGCCGACAAGGCGACGUCUUCUCCGUUCCCACUCCAGCUCUCAUUCUCCUCGGCACCCACUCUCGCCGCCCUCAAGGCUGAAAUCCACGGCAAAGUCCCGAAGCUCACUCCCUCGCGCCAGCGCAUCACCAACGAAGACAAGAAGCCUCUCCUCGAUGAUGCCCAGCAAGUCAACGUCUCUUCAGGCUCAGAUCUCUACGUCAAGGACCUUGGGCCGCAAGUAGCCUGGCGCACCGUCUUUCUCACCGAGUACUUCGGCCCGCUCUUCAUCCACCCUCUCUGGUUCUACGGUAUUGCCCCUCGCCUCUACGGCAGCAAGUGGCAGCCCUCUGCAGUCCAGGAGGUUGCAAUGGGCCUCAUUGUGCUGCACUACCUCAAGCGCGAGGUCGAAACCGUCUUUGUGCACCGCUUCUCCGCCGCUACGAUGCCGCUGUUCAACAUCUUCAAGAACUCGACCCACUACUGGGUCCUCUCCGGGGUCCUCCUUGCGGGAGCCAUCUACCACCCCAACCUAUGCGAGCAGGCCGUUCGGGGAACGCUUCAAGCCAACCCAGCCUUCAUCGCAGGCUGUGCCGUAGUCUGGACGCUCGCUCAGCUGGGCAACUUCCGCUCGCACAUGAUCCUGCGUUCUCUGCGUAGCGCUGGAGGCAAGGAACGCAAGAUCCCGCGAGGAUUCGCUUUUGAGCUUGUUUCGUGCCCCAACUACCUCUUUGAGACGAUUGCCUGGCUCAGCAUCACCAUCCUUACUGCCUCGCCCGCUGCGGCUCUCUUCUCGGCAGUUUCGGUGGGGCAGAUGGCUAUCUGGGCGGCAAAGAAGCAUCGCAACUACAAGAAGGAGUUCGGAAAGGAGUACCCGCGUGGAAGGAAAGCAAUGUUCCCGCUCGUGUUCUAAGAAAGGGCAUGGCAGCAGGAAUGUUGAGGGAACAUGCGCACGUCACAGCCUCACUAGCGCACGCGCCCCACACCAGAGACAAUACGAAUUCCAUUCAUUCCCAUCCUCAAGACAUCGUAGGCAUGGCCACGCUCGCCUUGGUGUCCGUCGCGUCGUCUGCCCUCCACAAGCUGGUGAUCGUCUUGGUCGUCGUGAAGAAGCUGAGGGCGUGCUGACCGUAGAAAGACGGCGAUUGGCCGAGUACG